AUGCGCUCCUACCUCAAAAGCAUCAGCCUCCCUGCGCUGGGAUCCAUACUGGCCGUCUCUCUCCUCGCCGCCCCCAGCUUGGCCACAGACCCAAGCCUCGUCGGAUACCUGGGCGCUUUUUUCCUCGGCAACGAGCCGUCCGUCUACUUUUACCUCAGCAACGGGAACAACGCGCUGUCCUUCAGUCCGCUGAACAAGGGCGCGGCGGUCAUCAAGCCGACCAAGGGGACGGGCGGCGUCCGCGAUCCCAACAUUGUGAGCGGUGGCGGCCGUGAGGCUGGCAAGAAGUGGUACGUCAUCGGGACGGAUCUGGACAUAGCAAAAACUACCUGGGAUCUCUCGCAGCGCAAUGGCUCCAAGGGCAUUUUUGUCUGGGAGAGCACCGAUCUCGUCAACUGGAAUAACGAGCGGCUUGUGACGGUCGAAGAUGAAACGGCUGGCAUGGUGUGGGCUCCCGAGGCUAUAUGGGAUCCGUUGAAGCAGCAAUACAUGGUCCACUGGGCAUCCAAGUUUUACCAGACAUCGGACCCAGACCACAAAGGCGCGCCAUCAAGCACCGUGAUCCGAUAUGCCUACACGAGCGACUUUGUCACCUUCACGCAGCCGAAAACCUACAUCGACCUCAGCCCCAAGAACGUCAUCGACCUCGCCAUCCUCCCGAUACCGGGCAGCGACACGUCCUUCAUCCGCUUCAUGAAGGACGAGACGCUCAAGACCGUGUUCGUCGACCACGGCGUCGACGGCUUGCAUGGAAAUUUCACCAGGGAGGGCGGAAGCGACGCGACCAUCGCCUCCGGCGUCGAGGGACCGGCGCCGUACUGGGAUAACCAGGUCCAGGGCAAGGCCCACGUGCUCCUGGACCACUAUGGCGCCGACGGAUACCGGCCUUAUGAGAACGCCGGCAACGCGACCAAGAACUCGGGCUGGUUCGAGAGCGACCGGACAAACUUCCCCAAGAACUUGAGGCACGGGAGCGUCUUGCCCAUCACCCAGGAGUUGUAUGACAGCCUGAAGAAGCUGGCAUGA